AUGUCCUUCCUCGGUUUGCUGAGCUACGUUUCGGUGUUAGUGCAAAUUUGCUUCGUAAUCGUUUCGAUAGCCGCUGGUCUGUACUACCUAGCUGAAUUGGUAGAGGAGUACACGGUGAUUGCUAAGAAAGCUAUCAGGUGGAUGGUGGCAAUCACAGCCGGUCUCUAUGUGAUUUUCAUCUUUACGGAGCCGUUUCCAUGGCCAAUGCUGCUCUGCGGGCUCGGCGCUCAACUGCUGCAUGCACUCAUACUGACUGACUUUCCUUAUGUGCGGUUUCUAUCGCCUGGAUUUCUGGGUGCGGUGUUGCUGUUGAUCGUGAACCACUAUCUAGCAUUCGUAUACUUCCAGCUGCAGUACCAUACAUUUUCAGAGAUACUGGCGUACUUUACGCUUUGCUUAUGGCUCGUACCAUUCGCAUUGUUCGUGUCGCUUUCGGCAAACGACAACGUACUACCGACUAGCACCAACGAACGAACACACUUACUCGGUGGAAAUGACGAUGUAGUAACGAAUUACUUUUCCAGCCGGAAAAAAAUGGGAUUACUUUCACUGUUCAGUUACGCCAAGGAAACUCUGCUCCCUGAGCGUAAUAAGAAGGCAUUCUAAAUCGAACAUUUGCUUCGACGUACUGUCGCUAUGAUCGACUAACUACUUUUGUACGAUAGCACUGGUUUAAUUGUUUUUAUUUAUAUUUAUUAUGACCGAAAAAACAUCACAUGAAUAAUAAAC